GAGGGUGAUGGGGGAGAUAAGGUCUGAGUGUAAAGGGAGUCAGGUUGUGUGGGGCUUGGUAGGCUGUGGUGAGGACUGUUUUAUUCUGAACGCAGCGUGAACCUGUAGAGGGUUUUGAGCAGAGGAGUGACGUUUUCUGACUUAGCUUUUAUAAGCUCCCUCCAGCUGCUGAGGGGCAUGGAAGGGGGAGUCGGGGAUGGAAAGCAGGGAGACCGACCAACAAGGAGGCUAUUGGCAUAAUCCAGGCAAGAGAUGAUGGUGCCCAAAUGUCCAUCAGCUGACAAUGGAUAAAAUAACUGGUAUCGCAGUACAAAGGAAUAUUAUCCAACCAUGAAAAGGAAUUAUGUACUGAUACACGGCUACAAUGUAGACGAAUCUUGAAAACAUCACCAUGGCGGAACAGGAUGUGGAAAACGAGCUUCUGGAUUAUGAGGAAGAUGAAGAGCCCCAGGCUCCUCCAGAGAGCGCUCCAACUGCUCCCAAGAAAGAUGUCAAGGGUUCUUACGUUUCCAUCCACAGCUCUGGCUUCCGGGACUUUCUGCUGAAGCCUGAGCUCCUGAGGGCCAUAGUGGACUGUGGCUUCGAGCAUCCAUCCGAGGUCCAGCACGAGUGUAUUCCACAAGCCAUCCUGGGCAUGGACAUCCUGUGCCAGGCCAAGUCAGGGAUGGGCAAGACAGCGGUUUUUGUGUUGGCCACCCUGCAGCAGAUUGAGCCCGUCAACGGACAGGUGACGGUCCUGGUUAUGUGCCACACUCGAGAGCUGGCCUUCCAGAUCAGCAAGGAGUAUGAGCGCUUCUCCAAAUACAUGCCCAGCGUCAAGGUGUCUGUGUUCUUCGGGGGCCUGUCCAUCAAGAAGGACGAGGAGGUGUUGAAGAAGAACUGUCCCCAUGUCGUGGUGGGGACGCCGGGCCGGAUCCUGGCGCUUGUGCGGAACAGGAGCCUCAACCUGAAGAAUGUGAAGCACUUCGUGUUGGACGAGUGCGACAAGAUGCUGGAGCAGUUGGACAUGCGGCGGGACGUGCAGGAGAUCUUCCGCCUGACACCCCACGAGAAGCAGUGCAUGAUGUUCAGCGCCACCCUGAGCAAGGAGAUCCGGCCCGUCUGCAGGAAGUUCAUGCAAGACCCCAUGGAGGUGUUUGUGGACGACGAAACCAAGCUCACGCUGCAUGGGCUGCAGCAGUACUACGUCAAACUUAAGGACAGUGAGAAGAACCGCAAGCUCUUUGACCUCCUGGAUGUGUUGGAGUUUAACCAGGUGGUGAUAUUUGUGAAGUCGGUGCAGCGCUGCAUGGCCUUGGCCCAGCUCCUCGUGGAGCAGAACUUCCCAGCCAUUGCCAUCCACAGGGGCAUGGCCCAGGAGGAGCGCCUGUCACGUUAUCAGCAGUUUAAGGACUUCCAGCGGCGGAUCCUGGUGGCCACCAAUCUGUUUGGCCGAGGAAUGGACAUUGAGCGUGUCAACAUUGUCUUCAAUUAUGACAUGCCCGAGGACUCAGACACCUACCUCCACCGCGUGGCCCGUGCGGGUCGCUUUGGUACCAAAGGCCUGGCCAUUACUUUCGUGUCUGAUGAGAAUGAUGCCAAAAUCCUCAAUGAUGUCCAGGACCGGUUUGAAGUGAAUGUGGCAGAGCUUCCAGAAGAAAUAGACAUCUCCACAUACAUUGAGCAGAGCCGGUAACCAUGUGCCCGGAUGUCCUGGAGCCUCCCUGCUUCCCACAUGUUGCUUCAAGUCCUCUUCCUAGGUGACAGUGGGCCUUUCUUUUUACUGUUUAAAAGCUGUAGAUUUGUGUAAGAAUAAAUUUUUAUUAUGGAA